AUGACUAUAUUUGUAAUGAAACUAUAUCAAGUGCGGAGUUUCAUUCGAGGACUUCAAAAGCAAGGUCUUGCACGUUCUCACAGCCCAUCUGAUGGUCAACGACCAAUCAUGUCCAUCAAAACAUCGACUAACCAAUCUCCAAGCCUAUGCCCCCUCAUCAUUGGUUACUCGGACACAUACCUCCCAGUGCAAGUAUCAUUGGCAGUCUCCCUCCAUACGCCCAUGGCGUCUAUGUUGGAGACCAAAUCCGACAAAGAUAUCCCCAUCGCUGCUCCAAUUCUUGUCGUGCUUAAGCCGGAUAUGAUGUACCAACUGACUCAAGCAAACCAAAUACCAAAAGAUAAAGGCAUUCGCGCUUUCCUGAAGCCCUUGACUGGCGAAUCUGAUUUAGUUACUUUGGAAGGCAAUACUUGGAAACACUGGAGAGCUAUAUUCAAUCCUGGAUUUAGCGCGGGUCAUGGGUCAAGUCUGGUUCCGAGUAUGAUUGAAGAGAUCAAGAUAUUCAAGGAUCUGUUAAGGAAACAUGCCGAAAGUGGUAAAAUGAUGUUUCUUGAAGAUGCUAGUUUGAGCCUCACAAUCGAUAUUAUUGGCAAAAACAGCUACCGAAUGAACCGCUACCUUUCUCAAGAACUCGACAAAUGCUAUCGAAGCAUCAAAGGCACUGAGAUACGGAAAAAAGACAAAUUGAUUGUGGAUCUAGCGUUGAGAGCGUAUCUUGCGGAGAAUCCUUCUGCAACAGGCAUCGAUAAAAGUUUUCAGAAUUUCGCCAUGGCGCAAAUAAAGUUAUUCAUCUUCGCGGGCCACGCUACCACUUCUGCUGGCGCAAUUUUUACUUAUCAUCUGUUCUCCCAACAUCCAAAUGUACUGGCAAAAGUUCGGGAUGAGCACACUGAGGUACUAGGGGCCAACAUUGCGGACGCUGAGUCUGUGAUUACUUCCAAGCCACAAAUCUUGAACCAGCUUACUUAUACCAUUGCGGCCAUGAAAGAGAGUCUUCGCAUCUACCCCACUGUCGCCGCGCUUCGCGAUGGACAAUCUUAUUUCUCUUUGAUAGGGGACAAUGGUCUUCGUUUCCCCACCGAGCGAACAAUAGUCUGGGGUGAUCAUUAUACCACACAUCAUAAUCCUGCCCAUUGGGCGCGAGCCUAA